AUGGCGCCGCGUAGUCUUGCCUUGGCUCUGCCCGCUGCCGGCCUGGUGGCGGCUCCGCUCUUCGUGCCCGGAACGGCUCCGAGCGCCCCAGCGCCCCGGGCGGUCCCACAUGCCGCAGAGGCGCCCAGCAGCAAUGGCGGCCUCUCGGCGCUGACCGUGGGCACAGUGGCCAGCGCAGGCGUCUUGGUGGCGGCCCUGUCGCGCUCCUCCGUCAGGUCCUCUCAGCCCCGCGUCGCCCGCAACUUCUUCGGCGGCCCAACCACUUCUCCUGCCAGCUUCGACCCUGCCACGGAGCUCCGACAAUAG